AUGCAUUUAUCCUUGUUACAAUUUUUAUGUCAGUCUGAAAUCAAUAGUAACUUUUCUUCAGUACAGAAGAAUUUGUUUCCAUGCUUUAUUAAUACCAUUCUAAAUCCACUUGAUUUCAUAUACAGGUCUCUAGCUUGCAUAUUGUAUGAGAUAUGUUCCCUAGAACAUGCAUUCAGUGGACACAGUUUCUUGACAGUUGUUCUUAAGAUCGUUGAGGGUGAGACUCCAUCACUGCCAAGCAGAUAUUCACCCAAGCUAAACAGUAUAAUGCAAAGCAUGCUUCAUAAAGAUCCAUCAGACAGGCCAUCAGCUUCAGAACUUCUGAAAAUACCAUACAUUGCUGAAAAGCUUGAGAAUAUAAAAAGCAGAUUUUCAAAUAUGACUCUGAAAGACAAGACUAUAAAUAUCCGCCAAGAUUCAGAAGAAAUUUUUGAUGCUCUACAGAAGAAGUUCCAUUUGCAAACGUUGAGGGAUAUCACUGAAAUACAGAAAAUGACACCACGGGAAAGAAUGCGACUGCGCAAGCAAAUUGCUGCAGAUAAACGAGCUGAAAGGCUCAAGAUGCUCGCUGAAGCCCAAUGUCAAGAAAAUCAUAAACGAAAACAAGAAAGGAGAGCCCGCAAUUUUCUGCAUGCAAGCAUAGAUGUUCUUUGUGAUGGCAAUCAAGAUCAUAUGACACAUUCUCAACCAGUCACUGUACAAGAGUAUAAGUCAGUUGGGCAGGAAGAAGUAAAUGCAGUGAAAAUGGCAGAUAGAAUGUGUAUGACAGAACCGGUUGACCAAGACAUUCCAGAUGACCCCAUAGAAGCUGAAACAUACUAUUAUGAAGACAAUUUUGAUUCAUGCAAUGAAACAAGCACAGAAGAAGAUGAGGAAAAUGAAGAUAAAGAAAUGGAUGACUUGACCAUGCAGACCAUUUUUAAAACAUGCCAACAGGGCAGUGAUGUUAAUGCACUUAUUAGGUGCAUGGAAGGCAUUCUUGAUGGCACUUCUUUAGGUAGUGAGACGGUCACCAGCAUGUCACCAGCAGUAUCCAUGGGACCCUCAACUAUCAACAACGCAAUGGCAGAAAUGAAGCUCCAGCGAAUGAAGGAAUCGGCAAUUGAGAAGCUGGGUAAAGAUGUUUUCAAUAAGGUCUAUGAGUACUUGAAGAAAGCAAGACAGAAGAACUUGAAUGAAAUGGUUGUGAAAGAAUACCUUGGGAGAAUAGUUUCUAAACCCAGCGACUGUUUUGAGGUGGACCAGCUUUUAUACUAUGAGGAACAGCUGAGAACACCUCAUUAAACACAAAUUAAAAUGCAAUAUUCUUUUUUUUUUAAUUCAGGAUGAAAGAGAUGAUGUAAAAAAAGCCAUGAACUGUUUACUUCAGUGUCAACACUAGUUUUUUGGGACGUUGCUGAAAAGUGUCAAUGGACCAGGUCACCCACCCAGUUGUCGAAUAGUAAUAAAUAAAUAAAUAAGUAAAACUCACCGUAGUAGAAACUCAAACAUCUGAAAACCAUGCACCGUGUGCAGAAUUAGAGUAUAAUACCCUUCUUUCUUUCAAGAUAUUGCCGUAUAUUUACAAUGUUAAGAAGAAACACUAACAAUGUGAUAUUAAAUAAAUAAUGCCUAAUGUGUUAAUUCUUAAUUAUUUCUUUAAAAUGAGUUUUCUAGCAAAUGGGAAUAGUAUCCAUUGAUAAGGUGAGAGCUGUGAGUGUAUUGCAUACCAUAGAGUUUUGCAAAUAAAACUCAGUUAUACAGAA